AAGGGAAAUACUUAUUAAAUGUUAAACUGGAUUACCUGUAUGUAGUUUACCUUUAUCUGUAACAGAAGAAUUCUAUAUUUAGUUAUCUUCAUCAUAACUCCACCUCUAAUAAUAGAAAAAUUCCGAUUGGUGUUUAUAAAUAGACAAACACCAUUCCAAGCUAUAUUACGAAAAAUGAAUGCUACACAGAAAUGAAAACACAGAAACUACUUGGUGCGUGUAACAAGAAAACUGCCAGGGUCUACGAGUUUCAGCCAUGGCAUCCAACAGUACAGAUGUGUACAUCAAACUGAACACGGGAAAGUCCACUUUGUUCACUGUGUCUAUAUACGACAGAGUUGAAGUUCUAUGUGAUCUGGUAGCUAAACAAGAGAGAGUAGGCAGCCGACAAGUGAUGCUGAAAUACCAAGGGAAGCAACUGGACAAAUACAAAACAAUACAAGAGUAUGGUAUUAGAAUUGAGACAAUUCUGGUUGCUCAGAUUCUCAUCCCCCAUGAUGUCACUCUGAUAUUAGAUCUACCCAAUGACAACAAGGAGGAAAUGCUCAUCUCCAGCCUUGAUAGUGUCACAACUCUCUACACGAACAUAGCUACCAGAUUGUGGACAUCAACAGACGCAGUACAACUUUAUGUGAAGGACAGAUCAAUGCCAACUUCAUCGUGCACUAUUGAAAACUCAGGUCUGCUCAAUGGCUGUGUUGUCAAGGUCACUUUACAAGAUAAGAAUGUCUCAUCCGAGCCCAUCAAAGAUGAUAUUAAAGAGAUGAUCAUGUCCAGUUUUAGUGCAGCCAAUAAAAAAGUCGAAGUCGUAUUUUCCUUUGAUACUACUGGAAGUAUGUACAGUUACUUGACAACAGUUCGUGAGAAACUUGGCGUGUCUUGUACUCGCUUGAUCCAAGACAUCCCCAACAUUAGAAUAGGAAUCAUAGCACACGGAGACUAUUGUGAUUCUGAAUCAAUGUAUGCUUUGAGAUAUACAGAGUUGACUUCCAAUGUCCAUGACCUUGUAGAGUUUGCAAUGAAUGUCAUAGCAACUAGUGGUGGAGACAGUCCUGAGUGCUACGAGCUCGUCCUGCAGAGAGCCCAGCAACUUGAUUGGUCUGAAGAUUCUGCCAAGGCUUUAGUUCUGAUUGGUGAUAAUCAUCCUCAUCCCCCUUCUUACACAGACCAGAGACUGCGAUGGCACGACGACCUGGAUCUAUUGACUGGAAUGGGAAUCAAAGUUUACGGCGUACAGGCUGGUAACGACUCCGAGUCCAAACAUUUUUAUCAAGAACUAGCUGAAGUCUCUGGUGGAUGUUACCUAAAGUUAGAUCACAUUGACGUCAUCACCGACAUGUUUCUGGCAGUCUGCUAUCAAGAAACAGACGUACAACUUUUGGAAAACUUUGAACAAGAGUUGGCAGCUGCAGGGGAUGCCACUCAGAAAAGUCAAGCUCUGAUAAAUCAGAUGAAACAGGAAACACAUUUUCGUAAAGACGAGAAGCAAAACAUCACUUCCAAUAGUUCUAAGAGAUACGUGCCACAGCCCUGGUGGGAUACCACUAUUGACCGGGCAACACCUACCUAUAAAUAUUCUCAGGAUACAGACAAGUGGACUUUAGUGAGAUCAACACCUUUACUCUUUGAGUCCACAACUUAUAGCACAAUGCAUACGACUAGCCUUGGCAUUGACACUCACAGGAGGAAGAAGACAAAAAAACGUUGUAUGAUAAUGUAAAAAUAGCAUCUUAUUUAUGUUUUAGUGGUGGAUGCCAUGUGAUUGUGUCACGUGACUCUAAAAGCUAUAUAACAAAUAAAUCUAUAUAUAUAUAUAGUGCAAGCCUUUAUUGAAAACAAAAAGGUAAUCAAAAUAUGAAAUUCACUGUUCCGAUUAUAACACCCAUAACAAGAAUUGAGCUGAGUCCAAAUUGUGGUUACAAAACAUCCCAUGAGACCAUUUGGUUGAACAACAAAACACUCACAGGCUCUGUUAGAGUCAAACGUCUAGGAUCAACGUGAAACUGCCCCCCCCCCCUUUCACGUUAAUCAAUAACAAAAGUGGACCAAUUAUUUUUUUGUAUCAAUUUGUCGUAAUUCAACAUUUUGUUUUAUAUAGGAAGCGUGGUCGAGAGGCUAAGUGCGCUUGAACAUGGCUUGGCUUGGCUACCUAGAGAAGGGGGCUGAGCGCCUAAAGGCAGCACGGAAAACCAACUCCUAGAUACCCCUUCCCCCCACUGGUCCACAAAUGAGAUUGGACCAAAGCUCUCUGAGCAUGCUAUAAGCAUGAAAGUAGCGCUAUAUAAGAGCUAUAAUAAUAAUAGACGGUACUUGCUGGGGAGAUAACCCUUGUGUACACAAUUAGAUAACAAUUAAACCUUCUAUUUUCAUAAGCUAGCUCAGUUGCUAGCGUGUGCUCCUUCCAUCAAGGAAUUUGAAUUCUAGUCGAGCAACUUUUAAAAAAAAAAAAAGGCUUUUGGAAAGCCAGCAAUGAAACCUUCUCUCAGAUACCCCUCCAUCCCCCUUUCCCUCUGACUGUUUGGAGGCUAAUACUGUGUUAAUAUACUACAUGAAUGUUAUUUGUUAUAUAAUUGACAUAUCCAUGUAUCACUUAGUGUAAAACGACAUGUUAAAUGUAUUAUAUGUCUGGGCUGAUCAAUUGAUUGUUAUAGUUUGAAAUGAAAUCCUUAUAAUUACGGGGUACCGGUAUAAUAUUCUUUAUCAAGCUUCUUUAGAUUUAAAAGCACAACUAUUUUCUGAGACUCAGAGUAGAUUGACGUCACAAAUAUGGUUUCGAUAAAUAGUUGUUACCGCUAUUCAAACAUUUUUGUUUCACGUGUGAUAGGGGGGAAAAAAAAAGAGAGAAAUUCGUUGACAGGAUAUCGAUUUUCAAAUGUCAUUUUGCUUUUUAAACAUUUUUAAAAAUCACAUUUGUACAGGAUUUAUAGGCCUAUUAUUAUUGUUUUAUUAUUAUGAUUAUUAUGUAAAAUAUGUAACAAUUGAAUUGCAGUGUUAUUGUUAUAAGUUACAAAUGACAAUAAAACAAAACAAAAACACACCAAAUAAAUAA